AUGACUCCCUUCAGCCACACAGCCGCUACUAAGGCCACUUUCCUCGUCGUGGUCAUCGCAUCUGCGCUGCUCCUUUCCGCCCCUGCGCGCGUCUCUGCCGCCGGGAAACCCGCCAACGCGACUGCGCCUGCCAGCGCGACUAAGCCUGCUAACUCGAAUGCUUAUGCUAAGGGGGUUGCUUCUGGCGCGAUUGGGUCUGCAAACGCAACCACGCCUGCCGUGGCGGCGAAGGCGAGGAAGAGCAAGAGCUCGGGGCUAGGAAAGGACUCCUCCUGCGCUUACUACGCAAACUACACCGCCAACCCCUACUUCGGCAAGGGGCUCAUUAUGAAGCUUCCUCCCGCCAUCUUCGGCCAGCGCUGCGGCGCGUGCUACAAGGUGAUUUGCGCCAACGACACGAAGCACUGCCGCAGCGGCAAGGCGACCGUCACGGUCCGCGUCAUUGGCGCGACGACCACGGAGAAGGAGAUUUCGCUCUCCCCCGUGUCGUGGUCCAAGAUCGUGCAGGGAUCCGACGCCGCCCCCGUCGGCGUCACGUACAAGCGCACCAACUGCCAUUCGACCCUCGCUGUCGAAAUCAGCGUGGACGGCAAGAAGUGGGCGAAGCUGACGCGCGACGGCAGCAAGGCGAUCUGGGGGAUCAAGGGCAAGGAGGCGAAGGAGGUUGUGGGCGCGAAGAAGGCGGUGAGCGUUCGCCUGACUGCGGGACACACCCUCGAGAAGAUCACUCUCGACAAGGUCCUUCCCGCCGACUGGAAGCCGCAGACGCUGUACUCGAGCAAGACCAACUUCAAGAAGCUCAUGGCCGAGGCUAAGUAG